AUGGACCGUGUGUUACAGUUGCUUUCCAAAAUCAUCCUCUUCACAAGCUUCCGCUCCUUGGGGAUCACACUCCCCUCUUUCCACAGAAAUGGCCUCUCCUUUUGGAUCAAUCUCCUUCUCGCGCCCACUGAGCAGAUCCCUUCCACCUUCAUCUUUACAAACUGCAACAAUCUGGAGCAAGCUGCAAAGUAUAGUAUAUCAUCCUACGCUCAAAGAAGAAGCCAGUUAGAUGCACUUAAAUGCCAUGAUGGGGGUGUUGUAUCGAAGUCUCUGUUCCGCUCUAGCUUUCCUGGAUGUGAAAUACCUUCAUGGUUCUCUCACCAAGCGGUCGGGUCAGUGUUAGAACCGAAGCUACCCCCACAUUGGUGCGACGGCAGGCUUACUGCAGUAGCUUUGUGCGCCGUUGUUUCAUUUCAGCAACCUCGCAAUCAAGUCAACCGUAUCUCUGUGGAAUGCAACUGUAAGUUCAAAAACGAAGACGGGUCCUGUAUCGUCUUCCGUUCCACUCUUGGGGGCUGGAUCCAACCACCCGGCGAGGGGCUCGAGAUGGAGUCCGACCACAUCUUUAUGGGCCACACGUGUUGCUUGAAUAUCGGAACAAGUCUCAGAGAGAAGCACUCUCGCAAAUGCGUUCCUACAGAGGCAGUGAUUGAAUUCAAUGUGGUGAGAGAUGAUGGUACAAGCGAAGUGGAAGGAUGCCAAGUGGUGAACUGUGGCUUAAGUUUGGUGUAUGCAGAGCCAAACAACGUCUCAUGUGAACAGAACCCUAAUGGAAGUUCAAGAAGAGACGUUGUGUCCGAGGAAAACAACAGGCCGCGUUGGGGUUACGGCUUCAGUUUUCUGGGUCUCUGACUCCGACAAUAUUAAAUCCUUUAGUUUCCAAAGUUUGUACUUUUUCUGAAUCAGAGUU